AUGUCUGUCUGUUGGCACUGGAGGGUGAUCCUAUGUAAGGAAACUGGCAGCUGCAAUUGUUUCGUAACAGACAGCCAGUCUAAUGAGGGGAAAGAAGAAGAUAUUGAGCCACAAAUUGUGGUAUCGGACAUCAUCCAGCUUGUGCGAGAGCAGCAGCAGGUGCCAGCAAUGCAAGCAGAAGAAAUCAUGCAUCAGGAUAUCAUUCCCCUCUGUGCUGCAGAUAUUGAAGACCAGUUAAAGAAGCAAUUUGCCUAUCUGUCAGGUGGCAGAGGAGAAGACGGUUGCCCUGUUAUCACAUUCCCAGACUACCCAGCUUUCAGCGAGAUCCCAGAGAGAGAGUUUCAGAAUGUCCUGACAUAUCUAACUAGCAUUCCAAGUUUACAAGAUGCUGGAAUUGGAUUUAUCCUUGUCAUAGAUCGAAGGCAAGACAAAUGGACCUCUGUGAAAGCCUCCAUACUGCGAAUAGCGGCAUCUUUCCCAGGAAACCUGCAGCUGGUCCUUGUUCUGCGCCCAACAGGAUUUAUCCACCGAACUCUCUCAGACCUCGCUUUCAAAUUCAACAGAGAUGAAUUUAAAAUGAAGGUACCUAUCAUAAUGCUGGGCUCAGUAACAGAAUUGCAUGGUUAUAUUGACAAAACACAGCUAACAGAAGACCUUGGUGGCACUCUGGAUUAUUGCCAUAACAGAUGGCUCUCUCACCGCACUGCCAUAGAAAGUUUCGCCCUAAUGGUUAAGCAAACAGCUCAAAUGCUUCAGUCCUUUGGGACCGAAUUGGCUGAAACAGAACUACCAAAUGAUGUGCAAUCAACCAGCUCCCUUCUUGCAGCACAUAGUGAAAAGAAGGACAAAAUGAAGGAGGAUUUGAGGUUAGCAUUAAAAGAGGGACAUGAUAUUCUUGAAAGUAAUAGAAAGCCAGUUGCUGAGAACCCUGACUACAAACUCAACCAAGAUCAGCUUGACAAUCAAACCACUGUGGAAAGGCUUCUGGCUCAAUUAGAUGAAACAGAGAUUGCCUUUGAUGAAUUUUGGGCUAAACAUCAACAAAAGCUUGAGCAGUGUGUACAGCUUCGGAAUUUUGAACAAACUUUUAGAGAGGUCAAAGCAGCUUUGAGUAUUGCGUCCGAGAGGUUAUCUGCUUUCACAGAUGUGGGAAACAGCGUUUCACACGUGGAGCACAUUCUGAAGGAGCUUGCCAACUUUGAAGAAAAAUCACGUGAAUCCUUAGAAAAAGCUAGGGUGCUAGCUUCUCAAGGUGACCAGCUUGUUCAAAACAACCACUAUGCUGUGGACUCCAUUCUUCCAAAGUGCAAUGAGCUCCAUCAUCUCUGUGAUGCAUUUGCUACAGAGACAGAAAAGAGGAGAGAUCUUCUUAACAAAUCUCUGGAACUGCAUAGUCUAUUGGAGAAGUCCAUGAGGUGGUGUGAUGAAGGCAUUUACCUGCUAGCGUCACAGCCUGUAGACAAAUGCCAGUCCCAGGACGGAGCAGAAUCAGCUUUACAGGAGAUUGAGAAAUUCCUGGACACGGGGGCAGACAAUAAAAUCAAGGAACCGAAUAAAGUUUACCAACUAUAUGAACCCAUUCUCAACCAGGACCUAAUGGAACAUGUGCAAAAAGUUUUUCAAAAGCAGGAAAGCAUGGAAGAAAUGUUUCAAAAGAGACAAGUGAGCCUUAAAAAACUAGCAGCUAAGCAGACCCGUCCAGUUCAGCCAGUGGCACCAAGACCUGAAGUCUUUGUAAAAUCUCCUUGUGUCUCUCCAGGUCUUCGAAGAGGCUCUGACUAUGUGUCCAACACAGACGAUAACAUGCUCCGGAGAAUGAACUACAGAAGACUAAAAAGUGAAAUGAGUGAAAUCCGUCAAAGCAGAGGUGGAUCUGUGAUGGAUGAUGAAGAAAAUCUAGCUGUGUUACGAAGCCAUGUAAUUAAUGAACUUAUUGAAACUGAACGAGCAUAUGUGGAAGAACUUCUUUGUGUUCUUGAGGGGUAUGCGGCAGAGAUGGACAACCCUUUAAUGAUGCAUCUCAUUUCACCAGGGCUCCUAAAUAAGAAGGAUAUUUUGUUUGGGAAUAUGGAAGAAAUUUAUCAUUUUCACAACAGAAUAUUCUUGAAAGAACUAGAAAAUUACAUAGAAUACCCAGAGCUGGUGGGAAGGUGUUUUCUGGAAAGGAUGGAAGAUUUCCAGAUUUAUGAAAAAUACUGUCAAAAUAAGCCCCGAUCUGAAAGCUUAUGGAGGCAGUUUUCAGAUUCUGCAUUUUUUCAGGAAUGUCAGAGGAAACUUGAUCACAAGCUGAGUUUGGAUUCCUACUUACUGAAACCUGUUCAGAGAAUCACCAAAUAUCAGUUACUGCUGAAGGAAAUGCUGAAAUACAGCAAAAACUGUGAAGGAGCUGAAGAUCUGCAGGAGGCAUUAGCCUCUAUAUUAGGUAUUCUCAAAGCAGUCAAUGAUUCCAUGCACCAGAUUGCUAUUACUGGCUAUGAUGGAAACCUGAAUGAACUGGGCAAGCUUUUAAUGCAAGGAUCCUUCAGUGUAUGGACUGAUCAUAAAAAGGGCCACUCAAAAGUGAAGGAUUUGGCACGUUUCAAGCCAAUGCAAAGGCACCUGUUCCUCCAUGAGAAGGCAGUGUUGUUCUGUAAAAAGAGAGAAGAAAACGGAGAGGGAUAUGAAAAAGCACCUUCCUACAGUUAUAAGCAUUCCUUAAACAUGACAGCUGUUGGAAUAACCGAGAACGCUAAAGGUGACUCAAAGAAAUUUGAAAUCUGGUAUAAUGCGAGGGAAGAAGUUUACAUCAUUCAGGCACCAACCCCUGAAAUUAAAGCUACCUGGGUAAAUGAAAUUAGGAAAGUGUUAACUAGCCAACUACAGGCAUGCAGAGAAGCUAGUCAGCACAGAACACUAGAACAGACACACAGUUUACCUAUACCUGCACCAACUUGUACAAGUCCUUCAAGGAACCAGGGAAGAACCGUCAAAAAACUAGAAGAGAGAAAAACUGAUCCCACAAGUCCAGAAGGUUGUGUCACCUCAGUAGCACCAAAGUACCCCGAGAAAGGCAAAGAUGAUACAGUAAUUAGUUCUACCUCAGAAUGCUCUGCACUGUCAAAAAAGCGCUUUACACUUCAGGGCUUUACUAACCUCAAAAGUCAGAAAGAAACUCCAUCUCCUACUGCUAAAAACCAGACAUUGCCAAUGAUCCUUCUGACAGGACCAGCUUCUCCUACCAGCCCUGACAAAAAAGCUAAACGACAUGAAGUAAAGAGUGAUCCAACUCCUUUUGGUUUAAGAGAUGCAAGUUCAGUAUUAACAUUGGACAGGGCCAAAUGGCUCAGUACUUCUAAUCUUCUACCAGCAGCCCAGCGCAGGCAAGGUUGGGCUAAAACAUCUCAGUCACUUGAUGCCUCUGAAGAAAAUGAUGGUUGGUCUAGUGCUGAGGACCCACUUAAUUCAUCAGAUGCAGAGGAAGAAGAAGGAGAAGGGGGAGGAGAGAUGAAGCUGACUCCUGGUAAAUACACUGUUGUGACUGAUUAUGACAAAAGAGGUUCUGAAGAUCUUGCAGUGAAAAGUGGAGACCUCGUUCAGCUGAUCCGUGAAGGAGAGGACGGACUUUGGUAUGUGAAGAAUCUGAGCACCGGGAAAGAAGGUUUGGUGCCAGCCAACAAUUUAUUGAUGCUCAUAGGCAACUCAAAAUCAGCUCAGUCUUUAAGCAGCUCUGAAUCAGGCACUGGAUGCAGUACUUUGAGUUCAUCAUCAAGUUAUAAUGAAAGUUGCAAUGCUGGCAGCACCAGCUUCUGA